AUGGCGGCGCCCAGCAGCCUCACGCUGGAGCUGGAGGAGCUGCUGCAGAGCGAGUGGACCUACGAGGUGUACCCCAGCUACUACGACCAAGCAACCUGCCUGCAGCAGAACGUCAGCCUGAGCAACCGAGUCAACGUGCCCGACAACUUCAACUUUUGCAGCGUGCCGCUCAGCGGCGCCGAUGCCUUCCUGUUUGCCUCCCUGGCGCUGCUGGUGGCCAGCGUGUGCAUGGGCAAGCUGCAGUCGGUCUGGGUGCUGAUCGUAGGUGGCGUGCUGGGCAUCCUGAACUACGAGGUCAACCUGUACCGCCUGGGCAAUGCCAUCUCCCUCUGGCUGGGCAUCCAGCCCCCAGACCUCUUCUUCUAUGCCUUCCUGCCCCCGCUGCUGGUGGACGCAGCCCUGCGCCUCGACUGGUACAUCUUCAGCAAGCUGUGGGUGCACAUCACGCUCAUGGCGUACGGCAUGGUGAUCAUCAACACCGCCGUGCUCACCCCCUUCAUCCUCUUCGUGCUGGGCUUCUCCAGCCGCGGCUGGGACUGGAUCCACGGCGCCGUGCUGGCCGCCAUGCUGGCCCCGACCGAUGCAGUGGCAGUGACCGCGAUCCUCAAGGCGGGCGGCGGCCCCGAGAACAUGGUGGUGCUGAUGGAGGGGGAGGCGCUGCUGAACGACGCCUCGGCAGUCACGCUGUACACCGUCUUCCUGCACAUCCUCAUCGAGAGCUCGCCAGACGACAUGCCCUCUGUGCCCUCCCAGAUCUGGCCCAUCAUCGUGGAAAUCCUGAGGCUGACGGGGAUCGGCAUGGGCAUGGGCCUGGCCUUUGCCUUUGUGCUGGGCUACCUGCUCAAGCUGCUGCGCUGGCGGGGCGUCAAAGCCUUCAUCGAGAGCGUGGUGGUGCUGGGCACCGGCUACCUCUGCUUCUAUGCUCCCGCCAAGGGCUCAGGCGUCAUCGCCGUCGUCAUCUUUGGCCUGUACGGCAGCGCCACCGGCCACUGGGGCAUGCUGGCAACAGACGCGGAGAGCGGCAUCCACGAGGCGGUGUGGGACACGGUGGCCUUUGCCGCCAACGCCCUCGUGUUCUUCUGGUCCGGCAUCUCCUCAGUCAACUUUGUGCGCAGAUCCGCGAGCCAGCUGAACAAGAGCGCCUGGAACUUUGCCGCCAUCCCCAUCGUCUACCUCUUCAUGUAUGCCUUCCGCUUUGUGUGCACCCUGGCCUUCAACCCGCUGUUCAGGCUGCUGGGAUACCGCCUCACGCUCCCCGACAUCUCCUUUGCCACCGUGUCUGGCCUGCGCGGCGCGCUCACCCUCAUCAUGGCCGCAGACUUCAUCAUACACUCCCACUUCUACUCGGGGGCGCCCGUGGACGAGGCCAACUUUGAUGUGGUGCUGUGGGCCAGCGCCUUUGUGCUGCUCAGCCUGUUGAUCAACGCCCCGCUGAUCGGCCCCGUAAUGAGCUGGACCGGGCUGACCCGUAUCUCUCCGGACAAGGUGCGAGGGCGCAGGCAGGCGGCGCAGGAGCUGGCCUCCUUCACUCGCGACUCCAUCGCAGAGCUCAAGCAGCAGCAGGACGGAGAGUUCCUGCAGGGCGCCAACUGGUCGCUGGUGGCCAGGUUUGUGGAUCACUCCGAUCGGCUCAAGGGCUUUGCCCCCAAGCCGCGCGGCGCGGCCGGCGGCAAGCCCCGCGCCGGCGCGGCGGCUGCCUGCGGCGCCUGGCUCGCCGCCUGCUUCAGGCCCUGCUUGGCCGCCAAGCCGCCUGCGGCGGCGGGUGGCGGCGCCGGGGACGAGGAGGCGCCGGCCAAGCCUGCGACGGCAAGUGCCGGCGCUGGCGAGGAGGAGGCUCCCUCUUGGGGGGCCGAUGGCCAAGACCCUGCUGACUUGGAGGUUCCCUUCAUCAACAGGCACGCAGCAGCCAGGCGGCGCGAGCCAUGCCAGGCCAGGCCCACCCCGCAGCAAGGGCAGGAGCCGGCCCUGCAGGGCGUGGCCGUGCCGCCGACGGCGGGCCUGGCGCGCGCCAGCAUGGACGGCGGCGUCGCGCUGAACGUGGCGGCCCUGCGGGCGGCAGCCAAGGGCAACCACGGGGACAGCUUCUACGACCCAGUGUCUGCGGCAGAUGCCGCGGCGGCGGCCGCGGCGGCCGCCGUGCUGGGCACCUCCCCCGGCUCGCAGCAAGGUGCGGGCCACUCCCGGCGCAGCGUGCGCCUGCCCGGCAGCGCCGCCGACGUCGCGGGCGACGCCCUCGCACCUCCGCCCAGCUACACCGCCACCUCUCUCGUGCUGGAUGGAGAGGAGGAGGUGGAGAUGCUGUUUGACCGCCUCGGCAGCGGGGACGGCGAGACUGGCGAGGCCGACUUUGAGGUCAAGUGGCGGCACAGCCUGGAGGGAGUGGAGCGGGUGGCCGGGCACAGCCCGCCCGGCGAGCCCGCCGCCGAGGAGACCGCCUGGACGGCAGAGGCGCUGCAGAGGCAGCUGGCGGCGGCCAGCGCCGACGGCGCCCCGGCCUCGCAGGCCGCCGCCGCGCUGGUGCGGCGCCAGGCGUCGGGGGUGGCGGCGUCGCGCGCCGCGGCGGCCGGAGCAGGCAGCGCCCGCGACCUGCUGGGCCGGCUGCACACACCCAUUAGCGACGUGGAGCACGCGUCGGCGGGCGGGGGCCCCGCCGUCGCCCGCCAGGGCCUGUCGUCGGCGCUGCUGUCGCGUGUUCCCUCCCAGCAGGUGGCCCGCCAGAUGAGCAAGCACAUCACCUUUGGCGCAGCCCGCUACCUCGGCGCCGCAGACGCAGACGGCGCCACACCCGCUACCGCAGCAGCAGCAGCGGCAGCAGGCGACCUGGAGUCAGGGCAGGGCGCCGGCGAAGCUGCCGACGACUCCCCCAAGCCUGGCGAUAGCGAGGAGGGCGGCGGCGGCGGCGGGCCCAGCCUCGCGGACAUGCGGCUGCGCAUCCUGCACGGCAUGAAGCGCCACUUCCGAUCGCAGCGCAUGGCGGGGCUGCUGUCACCUGAUGGCCUGAGGGUGGCCAGCUAUGCGUGCGACAAGGCGAUUGAGAUGGCGGAGCACCGCCCUAACCACCCGCUGCAGCUGUGGCCGGUGCUGAGGAAGGAGAUUAGCGGCACCUGGAUCACCCACAGCGUGGCGAACGUGCUGGGCGCCACGCUGCGCGUGCACCGCUCCGCGCCGCGCUGGUGGCGCGCCGCCACCGCCUGGCCCUUCCGCCUCUUCACCGGCAUGCUGCGCAAGCACCUGGGCAGCAAGAUGCUGAUUGCGUGCGAGGCCACUGUGGAGCUCUACAUGGGGCUGGCAGCCAGCCCGCAGAUGCAGUGGGUGUACUUCAGCGAGGACGGUCCCGUGGAGGUGCUGGAGGAGGUGCAGGAGCAGCUGCUGGGCGCCUACGAGUUCAUCCAGGAGCGGGAGGCAGAGGCGCCGGCGCAGUACCGUGCGGUACAGUCGUACCGCGCCGCCAUGGCCGUCCUGCGCCAGCAGCGCACCUUCAUCGGCGACCUGUAUGAGCGGGGAGGGGUGGAUGAGGAGGAGCGGGAGGCGCUGCUGGGCGCGGUGGGCGCCGCCAUGCGCCAGCUGGACAUGACGGGGCCCUCCUGGCGGCCCCCCGCGCCCCACCAAGUGCUGCGUUCCCUGGACAUCUUUGCGGCGGCGCCCACAGAGCUGACAGACGCGCUGCUGCAGCACGCGCGGCUGACGGAGUACAAGCCUGAUGCGGUGAUCUGGAGCUCGGAGCUGGAGGGCAGCACAGGCAGCGGCGGCGCGUGCGGCGGUGGCGGUACCGGCGGUACCGGCGGCUUCUACCUGGUCGUCUCGGGCGUGGUACGCCUGGCCUACGUGGCUCCCGACGGCGCCGCCACGCAGCAGCUGGCGGGCGUGGGGGCGCUGUUUGGCCUGCUGCCGGGCCUGGCGGGCUGCCGCCUGCCCGGCUCCGAGCUGGUGCAGGCCUGCGGCAACAGCUUUGGGCGCGGGCCGGUGGUGUACCGCUUCACCGCCGCCGCCGUGGAGGCGCUGCGCAAGCGGGCCGGCGGCGGCGAUGCCCCCGCCGCCGCACUGGAGGCAGAGCUGCUGCGUGCGGCGGCGCUGCAUGCGGUGCAGCACGUGCAGGGCGGCGUGCAGGGGCUGGUCAGGUCCUAUUUGGAGCGCCACCGCCCGCUGACCAAGUACUCUGCUGCCACCCACCGGCACCAGCAGCUGCCGGAGCGUGUGGGGCGCUACACCGCCCAAGUGCUGCUGGACAUGCUGCAGGCGAUCCCCACCGCCACCAUUGUGCGGCUGCAGCCCCGGGACGCGUACAAGCAGGGGGCGCACAUGCUGCUGCUGCAGGGCUCCCUCAAGUCCAGCGCUGCAGGUCACGAGGAGCUGGCGGCGCCGCUGGCGCUGCCGUGGCUCACGCACCACCGCUUCAGCUUUGUGGCAGCGGUGGCUGCCGCCCAGCACGACCCGCAGCGGCUCAGCUGGCAGGCCGGCGACAGCGGCGCCACCCUGCUCGUGUGCGGCAUCGGCAGCGUCGGGUGCAGCUAA